UGUCCCUAAGAACACCACACCACAGAGCACAAGAAAAGUUUUGCAAAUAUUCACUUUCUUCAGGCUAUCGGACAGUUUAAAGACCUGGAUCGGAUGCACUGUGGGGAGCAAUAUUUAUCAGUCAUUUAGCUCAUGAGAUGAAACAAGGGAGCAUGGCUGCGGCGCUACUGUCAGAGACGGCGAUCAGGCAUCGGUCUAUGGCAGAGGAGGAUCCGAACGGGAAUGAACAUGGGGCGGCUGCACGCAGCACCGCGCCUCGCUGGGGCCCGCAGCACGCUGGAGCCCGACAGCUCGCCAAGCUUUACUCUCCCGGAAAGCGGCUGCAGGAGUGGAUCUGUGUGAUUCUGUGCCUCUCGCUCUUUGUUAUAAACCUCUCCUUCCUCUUCCUCAACUUCUCCACAGUGCACAUCUACAAAAUCAUCUUUGGCAUUGUAACUGGUAUUGUGACAGCAGACUUUGCCUCUGGGAUGGUACAUUGGGGAGCCGAUACAUGGGGUUCAGUGGACAUACCAGUAAUUGGGAAGGCUCAACAAAAUGGCGAGUGUGAAAUGCCAUCUCCACCCUGGGGAGUUCAGCCCUUCCUGCUUUCCUGGAGCGCCACAUCUUAA